AUGAGUUCUUUCUCAAGUCGCGUCAUAGGCAUCUGCAAUUACUGUCAGAAGAUCCCAUUCGAUACCCUCCGAUGUCCCACUUACUCGGAGUUCGAGGCGCUUCGAAGCCAUGAUACUGAAGCCGGGAAAAAAUGGUUUGGACAAGCAGGAAAAUACAGAGACCACCGCCAAUUAGCCACUGACCUUGGGCUUUUGAGUGAUAUCAAACUCAGGAGAGAGCAAUGUAACAUGUGCAAAUUAAUUUGGAAGGUCCUCCAACGGCGCGGUCCUUACAAAGAUGGUGGCCCAAAAGAAGACGAGAUCAAGUGCAACGCAACAAACACAUACUAUGGGGUGUUCUAUCCACCUGGCGGAAACAGGAAUGACGGCAAUAUCAUUCUCAGACUCAGUAUCUUCACAGCCAAGCUCCACACAGCCCUGGACUGGGACGGCCAUCAUGAACAGUACUGUUUCCAGGCCUGCACUCCGGGUACUACGUUUGGAGAUCCGCCAUCCGAUCCUUUGAGCGCACCGCCUGGAUUAGAACCGACGAUCUUUGGUGGGCGCAAACGCCCGUUGACCGUUAACUGCGACUGGCUCCGCACUUGGAUGCGGAUUUGUGCCGAGCAACACGGUGAUACUUGCAGCUACAGUUUGAGAAGUGGUCAAGAGGAUACCAGUCAAGGUGACCUGCUGGACUCUAGGACGACUUUGAUCCGCUUCAUAGACACCCAAAAAGGAACGAUCAUCACCCUCAAAAAUAUAGUGAUUGAGUCGCUGGAGUACGCCGCCUUAAGUUAUGUCUGGGGGAAAACAAAAACUUAUAUUCUCACGGCGGAGACUGCCACUGAGCUUGAAGAGUCUGAGGGUAUCGUCGAAGAUAAAGCCUCAAAGACAAUUGUCGAUGCAAUAGAGCUAUGCCGGACGCUCGGCGUACGAUACCUAUGGGUGGAUGCACUCUGCAUCCUACAGGAUGACCCAGUUGACAAGGCUAUUCAGCUUCAAGCCAUGAGUCACAUCUAUCGGUGUGCAUCAUUCACUAUUGUGGCAGCUUCUGGCGAUAAUGCUGAUGCGGGACUGCCUGGGCUGCGCCCGGGGACCCGUUCUUUCGAGCAGGAGGAAGUACUUGUUGCCCCAGCUACAGACUCUGAACCAGCAUUGUCUCUCAUGACGACGGCUAACCCGAAGCUCAAAGCCAGUGUUAUUAUCUGGAGGAAACAACGUGGAAUACACGCGGAGCAGGUAUAUUUCUCUUGCAACCAGGUCGUCUUCUGCGAAGAAUCAUAUAAUGAAUAUGGGCCGCCGUAUCUGUAUCCGUUCGAGCCAAGUGGCUCCGAGCUCUCACUCAGGGUAGCGCGGCAGCAUGCAGAGCCAGAUGACGCCAGUGAGAGAUUCUGGAUACGAUACCGUGCCGCCGUGGAGAGAUUCACACGUCGAGAGCUUGGAUAUAAAGGAGACGUAUAUGAUGCCUUUGCAGGCCUACAGAGAGCACUAUCCGAUAUGUCUGGAGAAAAAUUCGUAUGGGGCCUCCCUUGCAGCAGACUUAGUGCUGCGCUGGCUUGGGACACUUUCAGUGGACAGAGAAGACGAGGUGAUCUGAGCACAUUGCCGAUGACUGAACUCAAUGAACGGGUCGGUUUCCCUUCCUGGUCCUGGAUGGGCUGGAUCGGGGAGGCGCACGUCUCGGUGACGGACGAGCGGUUGGAGCUAGGGGAGACACCAUUAAUCGGUGUCUUUUGUCACGCAAAAAAUGCCGGCCGUGUGGUCAUCGAGCGAAUAGCCCAUCAGCAAACAGUGUCUAACGAAGUCGUCGUCCGUCUUGAUGACAUUCACAAGGCGAUGCCGGGUUUGACAGAGACUAGACUGCUCGACGUGCCAAGCAACCAUGUCCUCUUCUUCUGGGCCGACAGUGCAACGUUCAAGGUCGAAACAGAGCCGCAGCAAAAGCUACACAUUCCUGGCAAGUCUUGCAAGGUAGUAGAUGUUAACAACAAUGGUGAGUGGGAAUUCAUCGCCAUCAGUAGGCGACAGCUGUUGGACUUUGAGGCCUUCAUAACUGUCAUCCAGAUUGACAGACAGCAUGACAUAGCAUGCCGUUUGAAUAUUGGCGAGGUCUCCGAGUCGGCGUGGAAUGAAGCGGGCCCAGAACUCGCCUGGUCUGGUCAGCAUGGCGCCAUCCUGCCCGUCAUAGUCAGUGAUCACAUGGGCACGGCGGCCGUUAUCAGCUUGCCGCGAUAA